AUGUCGGAUUCUAAUAACAUCAGUUCUCUGUAUCCUCCCCCGCCACCGUACGUGAAGUUCUUCACCAAAGAUAAUCUCGAGCGGUUGGCUGAGUACCAGAGCUCGCACGUCACCACAGACCCUGAGCAAAUCACUUGCGAGCUUGACUUUCUGAUACCGCCUCCCGUGCCAUCAGCGGGCCACUAUCGUGCAUUUGGCAGCGUUUGGCAAGUCAAAGACGAGCUUCCGGACCUAGAGACCGUUGGCCUACGCAACCUCUACGACGACCGCGGCCAACACGGCAAUAACUACCAAUACAAAAUCAAAGAGCUGCACAAACUGCUCAAGUCACUGCUGUUGAACAUGCUGGAGCUUGUCAGCGUCCUCAGCGUCAACCCAGAGCGCUUUCCAGACAAGGUCGAACACAUCCGCACAAUUCUGUUUAACAUCCAUCACUUACUAAACGAGUACCGGCCCCACCAGUCACGAGAAUCACUUAUAAUGUUGCUCGAGGAGCAGUUGGAGCACAAAAAGGAGGAAAUUGCGAACAUACACGCCAUCUGCGACAAGGUACAAGCUAAGCUUGCCGCUAUGUGCAAGCAAUACAUAGCCGAUGAUUGA